AUGGGGCUGCCACUAGAUCGCCUGGUGGCUGUCUGCCUGGCCCUGGCCUUGGCCAGGGGCUCAGAGCUUCAGGAAGAACCCAGAACCCGAAACCAUGUCUGCAGCACUUGGGGCGACUUCCACUACAAAACCUUUGAUGGCGAUGUCUUCCGCUUCCCCGGCCUCUGCGAUUACAACUUUGCUUCCGACUGUCGGGACUCUUACAAGGAAUUUGCCGUGCACCUGAGGCGGGGCCCGGGCCAGGCGGGGGGCCACCCCCGGGUGGAGUCUGUUCUGAUCACCAUUAAGGACGACACCAUCUACCUCACCCAGAAGCUGGCAGUGGUGAAUGGGGCCAUGGUCAGCACCCCGCACUACAGUUCUGGACUGCUCAUUGAGAAGAACGAUGCCUACACCAAAAUCUACUCCCGUGCUGGCCUCUCCCUCAUGUGGAACCGGGAAGAUGCGCUCAUGGUGGAGCUGGACAGCCGUUUCCAAAACCACACCUGUGGCCUCUGUGGGGACUUCAAUGGCAUGCAGACCUAUUAUGAGUUCCUCUCUGAAGGCAUACACUACAGUGCCAUUGAGUUUGGGAACUUGCAGAAGAUCAACAAGCCUAAAGUCACGUGUGAGGACCCCGAAGAGGUGCCAGAGCCGGAGUCCUGCUCUGAGCACCGAGCCGAGUGCGAGAGGCUGCUGACCUCUGCUGCCUUCGAGGACUGCCAGGCCCGAGUGCCUGUGGAGUUGUACGUGCGUGCCUGCAUGCAGGAUCGCUGCCGGUGCCCCCAGGACAGCGCCUGCGAGUGCAGUACACUUGCUGAGUUCUCUCGCCAGUGCUCCCACGCUGGUGGCCGACCCGACAACUGGAGGACUGCCUCACUCUGCCACAAGAGCUGCCCUGGGAACAUGGUGUACCUGGAGAGCAGCUCGCCCUGCGUGGACACCUGCUCACAUUUGGAGGUCAGCAGCUUGUGUGAGGAACAUUACAUGGAUGGCUGUUUUUGCCCAGAAGGCACUGUGUAUGAUGACAUCACCAGCAGUGGUUGCAUCCCUGUAAACCAGUGCCACUGCAAACUGCACGGACACCUAUAUAUACCAGGCCAGGAGAUCACCAAUGACUGCGAGCAUUGCGUUUGUAAUGCUGGUCGCUGGGUGUGUGAAGACUUGCCUUGCCCUGAGACCUGUGCCCUGGAAGGUGGCUCCCACAUCACCACCUUUGAUGGGAAAAAGUUUACCUUCCACGGGGACUGUUACUAUGUCUUGACCAAGGGUGACCACAAUGACUCCUACGCCGUCCUGGGUGAGCUGGCCCCUUGCGGCUCCACAGACAAGCAGACCUGCCUGAAGACGGUGCUGCUGCUGACCGAUAAUAAGAAGAACGUGGUGGCCUUCAAAUCGGACGGCAGCGUGCUGCUCAAUGAGCUGCAGGUGACCCUGCCCCACGUGGCAGCGAGCUUCUCCAUCUUCCAACCCUCCUCCUAUCACAUUGUCAUCAACACCGUGUUCGGGCUGCGGCUGCAGGUCCAGUUGGUCCCGGUCAUGCAGCUCUUUGUGACUCUGGACCAGGCUGCCCAGGGGCAGGUGCAGGGCCUCUGUGGGAACUUCAAUGGCCUGGAGAGCGAUGACUUCAUGACAUCUGGCGGGCUGGUGGAGGCCACGGGUGCAGGCUUUGCCAACACCUGGAAGGCCCAGUCGAGCUGUCACGACAAGCUAGACUGGCUGGAUGACCCUUGUUCCCUCAACAUCGAGAGUGCCAACUACGCUGAGCACUGGUGCUCCCUACUGAAGAGGUCAGAGACCCCCUUUGCCAGGUGCCACCUGACCGUGGAUCCCACCGAGUACUACAAGAGGUGUAAAUACGACACAUGUAACUGCCAGAACAAUGAGGACUGCAUGUGUGCCGCUCUGUCUUCCUACGCCCGAGCCUGUGCGGCCAAGGGCGUCAUGCUGUGGGGCUGGAGGAAGAGUGUCUGCAACAAAGAUGUACAGGACUGCCCCAGUUCUCAGAUCUUCCUGUACAACCUGACCACUUGCCAGCAGACCUGCCGCUCCCUCUCAGAGGGCGACACCCACUGCCUCAAGGGAUUUGCACCCGUGGAGGGCUGUGGCUGUCCUGACCACACCUUCAUGGACGAGAAGGGCCGCUGUGUGCCUCUGGCCAAGUGUUCUUGCUAUCACCAUGGCCUCUACCUGGAGGCGGGAGAGGUGAUCCUGAGACAGGAGGAGCGCUGCAUUUGUCGCAAUGGGAGGCUGCAAUGUAAUCGGGUUAUGAUGAUCGGUCAGGAAUGUGCAGCCCCGAAGAUCCUUGUGGACUGUAACAACCUGACCGCUCUGGCCAUCACAAAACCCCGUCCCAUCAGCUGUCAGACACUGGUGGCUGGCUAUUACCAUACAGACUGUAUCAGUGGCUGUGUGUGUCCUGAUGGGCUGCUGGAUGAUGGCCGUGGUGGCUGUGUGGAGGAGGAGGAAUGUCCUUGUAUCCACAACAAAGAUCUGUACCUCUCUGGGGAAAGAAUCAAGUUGGACUGUAACAACACCUGUACCUGCCAGAAAGGACGCUGGGAGUGCACUCAGUACGCAUGCUACAGCACCUGUUCCAUCUACGGGAAUGGCCACUACAUCACCUUUGAUGGGAAACACUACGAUUUUGAUGGACACUGCUCCUAUGUGGCUGUCCAGGACUACUGUGGCCAGAACUCCACCGGCUCCUUCAGCAUCAUCACUGAGAACGUUCCCUGUGGCACCACUGGUGUCACCUGCUCCAAGGCCAUCAAGAUCUUCAUAGGGAGGACAGAGCUGAAGUUAGUGGACAAACAUCGUGUGGUGAAACAGCUGGAGAAAGGCCACCAUGUGUCCUACAUCACUCGUGAAGUGGGCCAGUACCUGGUGGUUGAGGCCAGCUCCGGCAUCAUCGUUAUCUGGGACAAGAAGACCACUAUCUUCAUCAAACUGGCCCCCUCCUACAAGGGUACUGUGUGUGGCCUGUGUGGGAACUUUGACUACCAGACCAAAAAUGACUUCACCACGAGGGACCACAUGGUGGUGACCAGCGAGCUAGACUUUGGGAACAGCUGGAAGGAAGCUUCCACCUGUCCGGAUGUGACCAAAACCCUGGACCCCUGCAGCCUAAACCCACACCGCCGCUCGUGGGCCGAGAAGCAGUGUAGCAUUAUAAAGAGCCGUGUAUUCAGCGUGUGCCACAGCAAGGUGGACCCCACGGUCUUCUAUGAGGCCUGUGUGUUUGACUCCUGCUCCUGUGACUCCGGGGGCGACUGUGACUGCUUCUGCUCUGCGGUGGCCUCCUAUGCCCAGGAGUGUACCAAGGCGGAGGCCUGCGUGUUCUGGAGGACGCCAGACCUGUGCCGCUGUUACCCUCGAUGCCCUGAGGAGAGGUCCAUCUAUGAUGAAGACCGGAAGAAAUGUGUCACUAGGGAAGAAUGUGGCUGUUAUAUUGAAGACGAUCACUACCUGCCUGAAACACCCAUUCCCACUGAGGAGAUCUGCAAGUCUUGCAAAUGUACCAACACCUCAGAAAUCACCUGCCAGUUUGACGAAGGGAAGGUUCUUAAUCAGACCCAGGAUGGUAUCAUCUGCUACUGGGAUAUCUGUGGCCCCAACGGGACCGUGGAGAAACACUUUAACAUCUGUGUCUCGACCACGUCACCAUCCACCACCACCCCGUUCACUACCAUCACCACCAUUGUGACAACGACCCCCGGAACAGGUGAGGCUCCUUCUGGGGCUCUUGUCGUGCAUCCAACACAGAGAACCUUUCUGGGGGCACAGGCCCAAGCCUGUACCCAGGAUGGUAUCUUCUGCUACUUGGAGAUCUGUGGCCCCAACGGGACCGUGGAGAAAGAGUUUUACAUCUGUGGUUCGUCGACAUCACCAUUCACCUCUACCACGGUUUCCACCACCACCACCACCACCACCACCACCACCACCACCCCCAUUGUGACAACGACCCCCGGAACAGAUGUGUGCUGCUUCUGGUCUGACUGGAUCAACCAGGACCACCCUGGCAGUGGCAGUGAUGGCGGUGAUCGAGAGACCUUUGAUAGUGUCUGCAGUGCUCCUGAAGACAUUGAAUGUAGGUCUGCCACGGAGCCCCAUCUCAGCUUGGAGGAUCUGGGCCAGAAGGUGCAGUAGACAACCCCAACAUCUACACCCACCACCACAGAGAGGUCAACCCUCACUUCUACUCUAACACAAACCACAACCCCAACUGUCUCUGUGACUUCCACUCCAACAUCUACCACUACUCAGACCCCAACACCCACUCCCACCACCACAGUGACCACAACCCCAGUACCUACCACUACAGAGACCUCUACUCCAUCAUCUACCACUACUCAGACCCCAGCACCCACACCCACCACCACAGUGACCACGACCCCAGUACCUACCACUACUCAGACCCCAGCACCCACACCCACCACCACAACCCCAGCACCCACACCCACCACCACAGUGACCACGACCCCAGUACCUACCACUACUCAGACCCCAGCACCCACACCCACCACCACAGUGACCACGACCCCAGUACCUACCACUACAGAGACCUCUACUCCAACAUCUACCACUACUCAGACCCCAACACCCACACCCACCACCACAGUGACCACGACCCCAGUACCUACCACUACUCAGACCCCAACAACCACACCCAGCACCACAGUGACCACAACGCCACCCUCAACCCCAACACCUACCACUACGCAGACCCCAACACCCACAACCACAGAGACCUCACCCAUAACACCUACCACCAUAGAGACUUCUACUCCAACAUCUACCACUACUCAGACCCCAACAUCCACACCCAGCACCACAGUGACCACAACCCCAACACCUAUCACUACUCAGACCCCAAAUGACAGGUACUACAGCCCCAGUGAACUGGUCUACAACAAAACCCAUGGGGACAUCUGCUACUAUGUGAACUGCUCCAUAGAGUGCGAACUCCAGAUCUUCAACUGGUCCUGCCCAACCACAACUCCUACACCCUCCACACCAACGCCCUCCCCGACAACCACAUCCUCCCCACUACCCACUACAUCCCCAAAGUCCACACCCUCCACGCCAACAUCCAUGUCACCCAAGUCUACGGCCAGCACAUCAGUCACCACUAAGCCCCCUGCGUGCCUUGACUUUGAUCCUCCAAGACAGGAGAAUGAGACCUGGUGGCUGUGUAACUGCACCAUGGCCGUUUGCAAGUAUGAUAACGUAGUGGAGAUUGUGGAAGUAGAGUGUAACCCUCCGCCCAUGCCCACCUGCUCCAACGGUCGCAAGCCAGUGCGUGUCAUUGACCCCAACGGUUGCUGCUGGCACUGGGAGUGUGACUGCUACUGUACCGGCUGGGGAGACCCACACUACGUCACCUUCGACGGUCUCUACUACAGUUACCAGGGCAACUGUACCUAUGUGCUGGUGGAGGAGAUCAUCCGCACGGUGGACAACUUUGGGGUCUACAUUGACAACUACCACUGUGAUGUCAAUGACAAGGUGUCGUGCCCCCGCACACUUAUUGUGCGCCAUGAGACCCAGGAAGUGUUGCUCAAGACUGUGGACCUGUUGCCCUUGAAGGUUGAGGUCCAGGUGAACAGGCAGACCGUGGCGCUGCCCUACAAGAAAUACGGGCUUGAGGUAUACGAAUCAGGCAUCAACUUCGUGGUGGACAUCCCUGGGCUGGAUGCUGAGAUCUCCUACAACGGCCUGUCUUUCUCCAUCCGGCUGCCUUACCGCCUGUUUGGCAACAACACCCAGGGCCAGUGUGGAACCUGCACCAACAAUACUGAGGAUGACUGCAUCUUACCCAGUGGGGAGAUCAUCUCCAGCUGUGAGCUUGCCGCUGAUGAGUGGGUGCUGAAUGACCCCUCCAAGCCACAAUGUUCCCACCGUGACUUCACCACCAAGCGCCCAGCCAUCACAACACCAGGAGGCAUCGUCUUACCCAAGAACUGCACAGUGUCUCCUGUCUGCCAGCUCAUCAAGGACAGCCUAUUCUCCCAGUGCCACCCCUUCGUGCCUCCCAAGCACUACUAUGAAGCCUGCCUGUUUGACAGCUGCUUUGUGCCUAACUUUGGUCUGGAGUGUGCGAGCGUACAAGCCUACGCGACCCUCUGUGCCCAGGAGGGAGCCUGUAUUGACUGGCGGGUCCAUUCUCAGGGGGCCUGCUCUGUGGAGUGCCCAUCUCACAGGGUGUACCAGGCCUGUGGUCCUGCAGAAGAGCCCACCUGCCAAUCCAGCUCCUCUCAGAAGAAUUCCACGCGCCUUGUGGAAGGCUGUUUCUGUCCUGAAGGCACCACGAAAUUCGGCCCUGGCUAUGAUGUCUGUGUGACAACAUGUGGCUGUGUGGGUCUUGACAAUGUACCUAGAGAGUUUGGAGAGCGCUUUGAGUUUGACUGCAAGGACUGUGUUUGCCUGGAGGGUGGAAGUGGUAUUGUCUGCCAGGCCAAGGAGUGUAGCAGGGAGACCCAGAUCGCAUGUGAGGAGGACGGCACCUACCUUGUCACAGAAGUCAACCCAGCUGAUACCUGCUGCAACAUUACCUCAUGCAAGUGUGACACCAAGCUGUGCAAAGCAGAACGCCCCAUAUGCUUGUUGGGAUUUGAAGUUAAGAGCCAGCAGGCACCAGGACAGUGCUGUCCUGUCUACUCCUGUGUACCCAAGGGCGUGUGUGUACACCGGAAUGCUGAGUACCAGCCUAGCUCCCCAGUGCAUUCCUCCAAGUGCCAAGACUGUGUGUGCACUGACAUCGUGGACAACAGCACCCAACUCAAUGUCAUCUCCUGCACCCAUGUGCCCUGCAAAACCUCCUGCAGCUCUGGCUUUGAACUUGUGGAGGUCCCUGGAGAGUGCUGCGGGAAGUGCCAGCAGACCCACUGUAUCAUCGAGAGGCCCAACCAGCCAUACCUUAUCCUGAAGCCUGGAGACAUAGAGGAGAACCCCAGUGAUAAAUGCACCUUCUACAGCUGCAUGAAAAUCAAAAACCAGCUCAUCUCCUCCAUCUCCAACAUCACCUGCCCUGACUUUGACCCCAGUGUCUGUAUCCCGGACUCCAUCACAUACAUGCCUAAUGGGUGCUGUAAGACCUGCAUCCCUCGGAACUACACCAGGGUGCCCUGCUCCACCAUCCCUGUCUUGAAGGAGAUUUCCCACAAUGGUUGCACCAAGAAUGUCACCAUGAACUACUGUUCUGGGUCCUGUGGAACGUCUGCCAUGUACUCUGCCGAGGUCCAGGCCCUGGACCACAGGUGCUCAUGCUGCAAAGAAGAGAAGACCACUGAGCAAGAGGUGGUCCUGGAAUGCCCGGAUGGCAGCGGGCUGACCCACAGCUACACACACAUCGAGAGCUGUCUGUGCCAGGAUACUGUCUGUCAAUUCCCGCCAGCCCAGCAGGUCCGCGUCAAGCGCUCCGGCCCCCAGAUUCUGGGAAGGCAGUGAACGGGUUCUGCUAUGCGGGCCCCUUC